GAACUCUAUCUUGUAUUUCUAGUAUCUUUGGAUUUACCAAAGAAUACUGUAUUGGAUUUACUGUUUUUCUGAAAAGAGAGAAAGAAGCAGAGUCUGGGUGUUUUUUUAAAAUAAUAAACAGCCAAGUUGUCAACACAAUGCCAGCACUUCUGAGACCUAAGCUGAGUAAGGCUAUGUCAGAUGCUCUCAAACAUCAUAUACUGAAGGAACGUGAAAGGAAAAGACAAGAGGAAGAGGAAGCAGAUAAAGCUAUUGAGAGAAAAAGAGAAGAGAAAGAAAGGCUGCGUAAGAAGGCUGAAGCUGAAACCCUUUCUCUCGAAGAAACUAAAGUCCAGAUAAAAAAUUUAGAAAAGAAGUUGCAGACCCUGCAAGAUGAAAAACAUGAGUUGUUCCUGCAACUCAAGAAAGUUCUGAAUGAAGAUGAUAACCGACGAAAAGCAAGAGAAAAGGAGAAAAGUAAUCUUAUCCAAGCUAGUCUAAACCACCACCAGUACCUGCCUGCAAUGCGUAUUGCUGGACCCCACCUGAUUGUACAAGGUAUCAACAGGCCAGCUUUGCUAGGAGAUGCACCUAAAAAUGUGUACAGACCACAGACAUCACCUUCUCAUAGUAUCAAGAGAAACAGAAGCCCUUCUCCACCAUUGGUCCAGCUUUACCCACAUCACCCUCACACACAGGGGCAUUACAGUCAACAAGUAACUUCAACAUAUGCCUCCGCUCAAGUCAGCCAUUCUCCUUACAGACAAGCCCAUGGCACAAACCAAGGCACUUACACCAGUCAACAGCAUGGUAGCUACGCACAGCCUCACAGCAGCUAUACCAGCACCACCCAGCCGAGUAGCAAGUACCAAGCCAGAGACCCUGCAUAUGCCAACUAUAAUCACAGCCAUUUUGUACAGCAGCAGAAAGAGCUGGGAGCACAGUUCACGCAGGGUGGCUACAUCCAUCAACCUCAUCAACCACGAUAUCUUCAAAGUGGAACAUCUCAUACUGGAGAGCCGCCUAGUAAGCAGCCAGCAUACAGUGAUGAGCAGUCCCAUUACUCAGCAGCUAAAGCGCAACAGGCUAAGGCUCAUCAACAGCAUGUUCGACCGGUUAUUCAAAGCCACACACAGGCUCUACACCAACAGCAGGCUCACCAAGUACUGCUGUCACAGCAACAACAGCAACAACAACAGAAGGCUGGAGUAAUUCAGGGCUAUCCGCCAAGGAGAAAACAAGAGUCUCCUGUAUAUGCUCACAAGAAACCGCAACAGCAGCAGCAUCAACAACAGCAACAUCAGCAGCAACAACAGCAACAUCAACAACAGCAACAUCAACAACAGCAACAUCAACAACAGCAACAUCAACAACAACACUCGAUGACAUCCAAGAGUGGAUAUCAAGGAAGCCAGGCUAUGAGACACAGUGCUUAUCAAGACAGACCCUAUAUGUAGCUUAACCUACAAAAAUUGCUACUACAGCUGAGCCUAGUCUAAAAAAUACCCAACUUUUCAGCCUAGUCUACAAAAAAUAGCUACUACUGCGUAGCAUACAAAAAUAUCCAAAUUCUAGUCUACAAAAUAACCUAAUUUAGCGUAGAAUGAGUCAUGUUAGUCUGUAGAACAAUGUAAUAAACAUUCGGCGCAUCGGUUGUGGUUUGGACUCCUGACCUUGAGGUCGGGGGUUCAAAACUCUCGCUGUACAAGUUGCUUGUGUCUAUAUAUACAAAUGAGUACAAGGUGGGAUGUUGCAGCAUUGAUUGUACUAUUUUCGUGCGCCGACUACACGCUCCACAGGGAGCAGAAAAUGUUGUACUCCGUGCUGGUUUCCUGUUGUACGUUAUCCAGUGACCAGGGGUAAUAGUGCUCAGCACCUUUGUUCACUGAUUUAGAAAUGGUGCUAUAUAGAUCUUUAGCCUUAUUAUAAAAUUACUGUAGCACAUUCUCACUAAAUAUAUCACAACAAAAUAUUUUUAUUAGGCAGACCGAGUUACCAGAAUAUGUUGGAAGUAACUUAGGAACUAUAUGUGCGACAUCAGUGACAAGGAAUGUUACAUUCAUUGAACCAACCAGUUCUUUAAUCUAUCACUUUAAUUUUUAGUUCUGUAUCUAAAAUAUAGUUAAAUUGAUAUUCUCAGUUUUCUUAACACAACUAGUGGUGGCACUAGGAUUUUGCCAAAUGCUGGGGAGGGGGAAGAAACAACCCCACCCCCGAUGCCUCGGACAUGCCAACUGCGCCACCAACAGGCAUUGGGGAGUUGUAAUAAGAUUCAUCUCGGAUAAUGAAUGGGUCAUUUUUUUAGGCAGCUGGCCUGUGUGCCAUUUUCAAGCAUGUAGAGGUAACAUAACCUAAAUUUUUGUGCCUCAGUCCAAACCAUGGUGGGGUUGGUGGGGGCAGAAGUGAGUGCGACCCAUCUGUCGUGCAAUGAUGUUCUAUCAUUCCCCAAUGAUGGACCACCUAUAGGAGAAUGAAGUUUACAACUCAUUGGUGGUAGGGGCUUGCAAAAUGUUUCUAAUAAUGGGAAUUAUAAAGCAUAUUAUUAUGCUUACUCCUGACUUGAGCUACAUUUACACUAGACACUACGACACAAUAAAAAUGCGCUCAGUGUUGAAGAAUAUAAAAGAGGCGAUGAUAUGUCCUCGUGUCAUUACCGUGUCUAGUGUAAAUGUUGCCUAAUUGCUAAGCUUCCCUAACAGAAGGCCAGGUUUCCCAAACAAGGCCCCAGUUUGCUCUGGUGCCACCACUUAAAAUUAUUAUGCCUAAGCAGUACUAUGAAUUAUGAUUGUCUUUAGAUUAUGACAAUAGUGAACCCUAUAUUUGAAUAUAAUAUUAGGAGACUACAGUCUUUAGUCGUUUAUAGAUAAAACACAAUGUAUGUACAUUAAAUGAAUGUUGAAUAUUGAAAUGGAUUUGUUGACCCCUUUUAGGUGGUUGUUCUAUAUGUUGUAGGUUUGGUCGGAUAUCCCAGGUUAAAUGAGUCAAUCAGCCCCAUAUAUACAUAGUCCUAUACUAUGCUAUGCUCUUCGUACAGUAUAAUUGCAGAAAUGGAAACAGUUUUUGUAGUGCAUACCUGCUACAGUAUGUAAUCAACUAUAUGCUAUGACACUUGUCGUAAUUAUAAUAAUUGCUAUAAUUACUUGGUGUAGUUUGUUAUUGCUGCAGAAUUAUGUAUAUAAUGCCAUGCACCAUACUUUUAGAUAUGAUAUUAAUUGAAGUACGGUCCAACAACAAUUUUACAUGUGACCCAAAAAAAAUAAUGAAUAAAAGAAAUUAUAAAACCUAUGUGUGCAUCCAUUAUUGGUUUCGAAAACACCUUGUUUUCACUACCUGAUGCUAAAUCAGUAAAAAGUAAUUUUAUAACUGAGCAUUAAGCUGUUUAGAAGCACUGCGUGUAGGUUUUUGCAAGCAUUUUUGUGUAAAUGUCAAAGUUUAUGUGCGGGACUCAGCGCUAAAUAAAAGAUACACUUCAGCCCUCCGAUCCAUUUUUAUGUUCACUUUUGUAUUAAAGUGAACUACUGUUGCCUCUGUACUACCUCCUUGUAUAGUUUGUAUCAAUUAAUAGUUUGUAUGCUUGUGCAAAAUGACUACUGCAGUACAUGCUUGGAAGAGACAUGAGAUAUCUAUAAAACGUUCAUUUGCUUGUUUAUUUUUGUUCAGUGAGUUCACUGUAUUGGUUUUAUAAAUCCCUGCCAUCUAUCUUCUCUUUGUACUGGACAUUAUCAUUCAAACUGCUCAAAAAAGUAAUAAAUAUGUAUAACAGCUGUCAGCUAAAA